ACGACAACCGACAACCGACAAGCCACAUCUGUCAAAGAAACUACCCUAGACUCCGAUGAGUACCUAAAGAAUAGUUAGAAAGAAUAGAACAUAUCUUGUCUCAACUCUCUGCUCUUCAUCAGAAGCCAAGUUUCUUAAAGUCCCUAAAAUAUAUUAUUAGAGCUACUGUAGUAAUGGCUCAUAUUAUUCAUCUCGUCCGCCAUGCUCAAGGUUAUCACAACUUAAACGAAGCAAAUCAGCAAAUAAGCGACCCAGACUUGACACCUCUAGGCGAGUCCCAGUGCGAUGAGCUCUGCAAGAGAUUCGAUGCUCACGAUAAAAUUACACAUCUCGUCGCUUCCCCUAUACGACGGACGAUAUUUACUUGUCUGCGCUCUUUUGCGCCAGCGGUUAAAGCCGGGAAGAAAGUAAUCGCUCUCCCGGAUGCUCAAGAGAUCUCCACGUUGCCUUGCGAUAUUGGCUCAGACCCCAGCAAGUUAAAAGAAGAAUUUGGCGAACUUGUGGAUUUCCAUCUGCUUCAUGAGGGGUGGAACGAUAAGUCCAGCGAAAGCAAAUAUCAUCCCACCCCUGCCAAGCUUGAGGCGAGGUCGCGGGCCGCUAGGGUAUGGCUUAGGGACUUGGUGAACAAAGCCGGAGAUGACGCGCAGGUUAUCCUUGUCACCCAUGGUGGCAUUCUCCACUUCCUUACCGAGGACUUUGAUGGGGUGAAGAUAGAGAGAGGUACUGGUUGGGACAACACCGAGAUACGUUCAUACGAAUUCAAGGAUCCAACCGGCCAAGAUCCCGACGCAACACUGAAGGAGACCCAGCCAAGCUGGCGUCGUCGGCGUGGCAGCGCAAUUCCUCUCACUGAGACUGAGCAGAUGCAGAUACGCCAAGCUUUCCAGACUGCUCUCAAGGAAGAGACUAAGAAGCAAGAGAGUCGUUCGGCUCGGGCAUCUGAGGCCGUUGUCGAUUAAGAGGUAGUCGACACGGAGGGCUAAUGAGGUCUAAGGCCUUGCUUAAUAGAAAUCGACCAAUACAGUAAAGCACCUCGAUAAACAGAGAAUACAAGACUAUAUACCUCUUUUUUUUUUUUUUUUUGCUAGUUACCUAGAAACACUGAUAUAUCGAUGGAUAAAAGUAUAUGUGACAGAUACUAAAAGAAGCCAUACUGAUAGGUGAAGC